AGAGGAAUUCAGUCUUGUUUAAAUGGGAAUCCAGAACGCAGAGAGGAAAAGGGACGCAGACUGAGAGACCGAGAAAGAGAGAGAGAAGGCAAAAAAAGUGAAGACAGGUUUAUUUUACGCACGGGAAAAACAGGGAAACGAGUUGAAGAAAGGAAAGGAAGAGAGAGGAAAAGAAGCAUCGGGUUUUUUUCUCUAAAUUUGGCUCUUUUCACUCUCAUGACUCAAAGAGGAUUCCAGUUAAAUUCACCCGGUCGGGAGGAAUUGAUGGUGUCUUUUCGGGGAAGCAGAGCCGAGGGGAGGAAUCUGAAUGCGCUCGGCUGAACCAUGCCAGCCUUGUGGAUCAUAACUUUGGCGAUCACUUUGAACCAAGUGUGGUGCGUUCGCUUCUCCCAGGAACCAGCGGACCAGUCAGUGGUACUGGGAGAACGGGUGGUGCUGUCGUGCGUGGUCUUCAACUACAGCGGCAUCGUCCAGUGGACCAAGGAUGGCCUGGCCCUCGGCAUCGGCGAGGGUCUGCGAGCAGCCUGGCCCAGAUAUCGUGUGCUGCGGGCUCUGGACAUCGGCCAGUACAACUUGGAGAUCUCCAAUGCCGAGCUGUCGGAUGACUCCCUGUACGAGUGUCAGGCCACGGAGGCCGCCCUGCGCUCCAGGAGAGCCAAACUCAAUGUGCUCAUUCCCCCUGAGGACCCAGUGGUGGACGGAUCCCCGGAGCUCCUGCUGAUGGCCGGAACUCCGUACAACCUGACCUGUGUGACCCGCGGGGCCAAGCCUGCAGCGCACAUCCAGUGGACCAAGGAUGGAGUCGCUGUGGAGGGAGCCUACCAGUCCACGGAGGUGCUGCCAGACAGGAAGAGGGUGACGACCAGGAGCUACCUGCCCAUCACACCAGUCGACACUGACAGCGGUUCCAACUUCACCUGUGUGGCAAGCAACCCGGCAGUACCCAUGGGCAAACGAGCCACUGUCACCCUUAAUGUCCACCAUCCACCCACAGUGACCCUGUCCAUCGAGCCUCGCUCUGUCCUGGAGGGCGAGAGGGUCACAUUCACCUGCCAGGCCACUGCCAACCCUCCCAUCAUGGGAUACAGAUGGGCCAAAGGCGGUGUGCUGCUUGAGGGGGCCAGGGAGAGUGUGUUUGUCACCACCGCAGAUCACUCCUUCUUCACUGAGCCCGUGUCCUGUCAGGUGUUCAACGCCGUGGGAAGCACCAACGUCAGCAUCCUGGUGGACGUGCACUUCGGUCCAAUCUUGGUAGUGGAGCCCAGGCCAGUCACGGUGGAUGUGGACUCCGACGUCACUCUGAACUGCAAGUGGUCUGGAAACCCUCCUCUCACCCUCACCUGGACCAAAAAGGGCUCCAGCAUGGUGCUCAGCAACAACAACCAGCUGUAUCUGAAGUCAGUGAGCCAGGCUGAUGCAGGCCAGUAUGUCUGCAAGGCCAUCGUACCGCGGAUUGGAGUGGGAGAGACUGAGGUUACACUCACUGUCAACGGUCCCCCAAUCAUCUCCAGUGAUCCGGUCCAGUAUGCUGUCAGAGGGGAGAGAGGGGAGAUCAAGUGUUACAUCGCCAGCACCCCCCCACCUGAUAAGAUUGUCUGGGCAUGGAAGGAGAAUGUGUGGGAGAAGGAGAAAGGCACCCUGAUGGAGAGGUACACCGUGGAGCAGAGUAAACCGCCGUCCCAGGGCGGGGCUGUUCUCUCCACGCUCACCAUCAACAACGUCAUGGAGUCUGACUUCCACUCGCCGUACAACUGCACCGCAUGGAACUCCUUUGGGCCCGGCACCAUGAUCAUCACCCUGGAGGAGACAGAUAUUGUUCCGGUGGGAAUUAUCGCCGUUGGUACGGUGGGCUCCUCCAUUCUGCUGCUUAUGUUUCUACUGGCGCUCGCCUUCUUCCUCUACCGCCAACGCAAAGGCAGCCGCCGGGGUGUCACUCUUGGUAAACCAGACAUCAAGGUAGAAACAGUCAACAAAGAGACCCACAGCCUGGAGGAGGAGGCGGCCAACGUCUCCACUGCAACCCGAAUGGUCAAGGCCAUGUACUCCUUUCUGCCCUCUGUUUCCCUCUCUCCCUCCACUCAGCCAUUCAAAGACGACAUGGACCUGAAGCAGGACAUCAGGAGCGAGAGCGACACCCGGGAGGAGUACGAGCUCAAGGAUCCAACCAACGGCUACUACAACGUCCGAGCCACCACCCACGAUGAGGCGCGCCCCCAGUCCCGUGCCAUCCACUACCAAGGAGAAUUUCGCUCCCCGAACCCAAACAGUGGGCCGGCCGGUGCCACGUCCAGCGGACCCUCGGCUGCCCCCAGCGGUGCAGUUCCGCCCAGCGCGGUGCCAGGCUCAAGGACAGGCUGCUAUGACCCCCGCCCACCCUCCAGGAUGUCCCAUGCCACCUACGCCCAGUUCAACACCUUCUCCAGGGCGGCGCAGAGCCAGCAAGCACCUCCCAAUCCGGCUCUUCAAUCGCCUGGAGAUUACCCAGGAGACUGCGGCCUGCUGGACAGCACGACGCAGCUGGCCUACGACAACUACGGAUACCCGUCCCAGUAUCCCAGCUACCGCAUGGGUUUUGCUCCGCCCAUAGAGGAAGGACCAGCCUAUGAGAUGUAUCCAACAGGACAAGGGACUGGACCAGGGCCAGGGCCAGGGCCAGGACAGCAAAGUCCUGAAACAGGACUUGGGAAGUACGGAAGCUCCACUCGCUUCUCGUACUCAUCUCCUCCCUCCGACUAUUCUCACAGACACACACAGCGGAUGCAGACUCAUGUGUGAGAAACACAUACACACACUCUUUGGUUCGCUUUGUGCAGCACCAGUACUUAUUACACAUAAAGAAACUUUGAAACUUAAAAAAAAACAAAACAAACAAAAUCCCACCUUCCUAUACAUAAAUCUGAAUCUGUUUUCUGUUUCCAUAACAACCAGUGCAUGGAAUUUGGUUACUUUUCUGAACCAAUAAAACAACGUAACAACGCACAGCAGUCAGCAGCAUCACCGCAUAUAUAAUAGUUAGCAGCAAUACAUACAACACAUGCAAAGCGACAUUUACACACGUACGCACACACCUUCCAUUGCGUGCAGUGUUCAUGCUUCAAGAAAAGCAACAGCGUGCCACAAUCAAGAGAAAAGAGACAAAAAGAGAAGAAGAGCACUUUGAAGACAGGAAGAAGAAGAGCGCCAAGAGCUUACAGAGGAGCAGAGGAACCGCUUUCUUCCUGCAAAUCCUCGUUUUGCUCUUUGACCAUCUCCCUGCGUCACGUUUUCCUCCCUCCUCAUCUCUGUAAAUAAGUGCAAAUUCAGAUUUGGAUCAUUUUAAAGUUAUGUCCCUGUACAAACCUAUACAGUGUGAUGCAGUACAGUGACCGACAGCAAACCUCCCUGCAAUCCACACUGACUCUCACAUAUUGCAAAACACACACACGUACACACAGACUUUGUUUCUAUGUAUUGCAGCAACGGGGCAGCUUGGACUACAACUAUAUCUGGCACUUUUUGAUCCUCUUUCCUCACUAAAACCUGCCCAGUGGCCAUUUUUUACAAGAUCUACCUUGAUUUAAGUGGGACAAAGCUUCUUAAAGUGGUACAGUGAGUGACCAGAGUGCCAAUGCUUAUGUGCCAACACACACAAACUUUUGAGGUGUGUCUUCUUUUGUAAAGUGUACACUAAGAUGCUCUGGACGACGAGGUUUUGUACGUGCCACAUCUAAGAGGAAAGGAGCAGUAGCAAGCAUCUCUGUAAACUCCUUCUCCUCCUCAUGUCUCAUUUUUAUCAUCAUGAUGCAUUUCUAUACUUCACAUUUCACUCAAGGUCAAUGCUGUAAACCGUUUUUGUGAAGCGAGGUGUGGCAGGAGUGCUUUUUCAUUCAAUGAAUUUCUGCAAUUUGUACAAAAAAAUACCUCCCCUAUCCUCAAGUGGCAAAAAGUAUUUGUUUCUCUCACUUGCACAGUAGAAUAGAUGUUUUUUUCCCAUAUUUAUACCGAACCGUAUGGAGAAAAAAAUGGCAUUCAGAAACAUUUUAUAGUAUUUUUAUAAGGAGUUGUGGACCAAAGGUUCAGAGUUUUGGGUGAUGCUCGCUUUUUAAUGUGUAAGUGGCAACGUGAUCGUUAUUGGAAACGUUUUGAGUUUCUUUAAAAAGAGAUGGACGGUAUUUUUAAAGUGGAUCUUGUAGACUUAAAUUAGAAACUUUUAAGAGCUUCAUUGCAAAAUGGUGAAUAUCCGGACUGGGGGGAAAAAUUCUCUUCAGUGGAUAUCUCUCUUUGGGGUGAAACUCUUCCUCUGACUUCCGGUCUUCUGACUGGACUGCCUUUUUUAAAAUGUUAACGACAUUCAGAGCGAUGGAUGGAGAACAAGCAGCUGCUCACUUUGAGCUGUGCUGUUAACUUUGGAAGCAAUGAGAUGGUUCAAGUGUAGUCUAACAUAUCAAAAUGAACGUACAGAGGGUUCUAUCUAGCUCAUAUGGUACUUUGUACAUUUAUGUGUAAGUAUGCUGGUUUCCUCACUGCAACAGAAACUUUGGUGGUAUUCUGUGUCUGAGAUCUUUCCUUUAUGUUGUGUCAGCUUUGGUAUGUGUGACUGGCUUUUGACCCUACAGGUCACAAUGAGCAGCAUUUAAAAUACUGCUUAUUUGCUCUAACCUCUACUGAUGCAGCUGCUAAACAAAUCCCAUUUUUGAGUGAAUCUCCACUGCACUUUCAUCUAAAAUAUUUUUGCCCAAAAGAGGAAAUCUGAUUUGUCUUUUUUGCCUUCAAAAGCAUGAGGGCAAAGAUAAAUUUCCUUGCAGAUUAGUUGCUUUGCUUACUUUCCCAAAGUCGAAAUCCGCAAUAUGAGCAAUUUACAAACAGCUUUUCAAGUCUAUCCAACUUAAUUUGAACAGUGUGGAUUAUUAUCUACGUAGCAAGUAAAGCUGCAAAGUUUGGAUAGUCAAAUGCAAAUUUUUUUUGGCUGAUGUAAAAAGUUAUUUUAAGUAAGAAGCACUGAAAAGGAAGCCUUACUUAUAAAACAACAGUGCAUGUUACCAUUGUCCUAAGAUUGGUUUUCAGACAUUUAUUUGAGUCGUAGGGAACUGAAUGGUUGUUUUUGGCUACGCAAACAUCCAGUUGGCUUUUUAUGAGUAGUGAGCACAAGAAGUUCAGUUUUGGCCAACAUAUGUGAGAUACGUUCACCCCUACAACUUCCAGUCACUUACUUAUAAUGUGAACACUGCACUGAAAACAGUAAUCGAUAACAGCUACUGGUACUGAAGCAAGAUCAGUGAGAAAUGGUUGGCUCGUCUGCCAUAGAGUUACCACUGGUUGUAGAAGUGGUUCAUUUUGUACCAUCUCACAACUUCACCUUUUAUGGUGACAAUCAUUUGCUGAUUAGACUCCACAGCUGCAGCAUCAGGUUUUACCAUAUGCUGAACUUGAAAUUAUGAGGUUCCCUCACCAAUGCAACUUCAUUUUGAAGAUACCUUAAGUAUGACUUUUUAAACUUCUUUUGGCAACCACUGGGAAUUGCUUAAACAUUUUAUUUUUUACCUUCUCUUAAGGGCACAUCUGCUUUAUUAGAUAGACAAAGUAAAGGAGGACUAAAUGAGUCACCCACUUGUGACUGUACCAUGUUUCUGAGCAGUUAAAAAUGAUAGCAGACGAAGUGUUGCUUUACAAAGACCAGAGACUGCAAAGUGAAGCCAGGAAUCUUAGCACCUCCAGAGGUAAUCAUUGAGUCUUUAUACUUAUCAGCCACCCUAUCAGCCCCUCACAGAUACAGUAUAUUAUGGUAAUUUUGUGCUAAGGGGCAGUAAAAAUUUUAUUUAUUGCCCCUAUUUUGAAUAAACACUUUCAGAAAGGAAACCACAGCCACAUCAUUUCUGAUUAGAAUAUCAGAUGGAACCUUGCAGCUCCAAGGUCACUAUAUAAACCGUUUCAGCAGUUACGGAGAGAAGAACGGCAGAUGGAGCACCCUUUUAAAUUUAUAUGGUUAUCACAGCCUUGGUACUGCAUACUAUUACCUCUUUACAACCUUUUUACAGAGUUGUAGCCGCGCAGUAUUUUGCAUCUGACUUGGAAUGUCAUUAUGACCUUGUGUAGAGUGAGUAAAUUUGACACGGUGGAGGUACUGAGGCCAACAAAUACACAGCCAGGCCAUGCAGGUACUUAGUCAUUACCUCUUAACUAUUUACAGUCUGUUGACAGUGGGGGCAUAUAAAUAUGUAGAAGACACCAUAGAUGCCAAAAGUGCAAAAUGGAUGUUUAGAUGUGGCUCUGUAUUGGAAAAAAAAGUGGUUUGGAAGGGAAUGUGAAAGUGUUUACUCCAUGUCUUUUUUUCCCCUCUUCCUCAUAUGUACCUCUCACGGCAGUGUGUGCUGAAACUCUUUACUCUCUACUCUCUCCUGUGUCAUAUUAAUAGCCACCUACCAGCUUCCAAAUUUAGAGGUUGAACCUGUCUUUUCAUGGAAAAAAAACAUCAUUGCAAACCUUUCUCAUAGCUUUCUUCCAAAUUUUCUUCAAGAUGACGACAUAUGGGGUAGAUAUAGCAAUCUAGCUUGUAUAAAUGUGUGUAUGUUGGAGGGUUGGGAGUCUGUUUUUACAAAAUAUAUAGCUUCAAGCUCAUGACAUCCAUCCUUGGUGUUCAUUAUUUCAUGAUCUCCUUUCUUUCUAUGAAAAUCUGUAUUUUAAAACUUAUUUUCUUGGUAUUAUUUUGUGGUGUUACAUCACCGGUGGAAGAAAUGACUGUGGUCAAAAGUGUGUGUUUAAGUUUUUAUACACAGUAUUUUAUUUUAUCUUGUGUGCAUCAGAGAAGGGUGGUGGAAGGUUCUGAUUAAUCAACCCAGCGAAAAAAAGAGAGUGGAUGUAUGUGUCUGUGGCCAAAAUGACUGCUCAGCCAGGCCACAAAUAGCCAAAAUUCUGUCUCAACUAGGCCAACCCAGACUAGAACCAGGCCAGACCCACAGCUAACUGCUCUGUUCCAUGCUGUGCUCUGCUGUGCUAUCCCUGGCCAAGAGUGACUCAAGUGGCUCGGUGUCCAUUUUUACCUUUUGGAGUCUUCAGUGAGUGCCAAAAGACUGUGCAAAGAAAAUGAACUGAGCAGACAAACAAAUGCAGCAGCCAUUUGUGCUUAUUGUGUUUAUGUAUGCUCAUGGGUAACUGUGUGUGUGUGUGUGUGCGCGCUCUACUGGUUUGUGUUUCCAUACAUGCACAUGUAGUUUAUGUGUCCAUGUGUGAACAUGCAUGUGUGUGUACAUGUGUACAGCAUGUAACCGCAGUGUGUUUUCAUACCAUUAUAAAUAUGUGGACUGUAGAAAUAAGGGUUUGACUGAUGUUAUUGGCAAACAGUCAUGUUGUCACCUGCUGGUAUGAUGGAGGUUCCUCCUGACCACACUUGCAUAUAAAUCACCAUAAGAUUGGUGUUUAUUCAUUUGAUCAAUAAUCAUUUUUGAGAAAAUAUUUUUAAUUUAAAAGCAGUAUUUUUGCAACGUGUUAAAGUUAUAAUCCUUAAGAUUUUUAUUGUAUCAAACCACCUUUAUGGUAUUAAUAUAGCAGUCUGUAAUUGUCUAUUGUCUGUUGUUUACAAAUUAAACAGGACUAAAAUUACAAGGAUUAUAACUUUAAACUGCCUUAAAGAGCUGCAAAACUUUACAGAAUUUCAUCUACAUUUUAUUGUGAGCUGAAGCUUUAAAAGCAUUUCCACCCUGCCAAGAAGGUUCUGUUGGUAACGCUGUAUAUGUGUGCUUUUGGAUUAAAAAUAGUACAUUGUGAAGGUGUUGAAUAUUGGCAGGAAAAUAAAUAAGUCAGCAUCGUCAGCAUCUUCACAAAAUUACAGGAAAAAAGUAAUAACAUUGAUAUCAGUUUUCAGAGCCACACAUCAGUCAAACCCUAGGAGAAAGCAUGCAGCUGGUAGGACAGAGUGAAGGAGACAUCGUGUGGCCUUAGGACAGGAGGAAGGAGCCGAGGUGGUCUGCUUGACCCUCAUCCAGCUGCUGAGCCUGUCUGCUCUCUGAAACAGCUGCACAAGUGAACAGGAUUAACUGAUGCUCUGCUUAGUAUCAUUGAGCAUAUGAAGACAAUGAUUAGAACAGUGAGAAGGAGUCCAUAUUGCACUUAAAAAUGUGUGAAGUGGAAGUGUGCAUGACGAUGAGAGAGGGAUAGUUUGUGAGUUCAAAUAAGCGUACAUAUAUUCUCCAUACUCUACUUCUUUAUUUUUAUCACUAUAUAUUGUUCACAUGCGUAUUAUGUUCAUACUGGGUUUGAGUACUUGUUUAUCCCUUUUAUUCAAGAAAAAAAGUACAAAACAUACAAGAUAUUAUUGAUUUUUAUUUCAUUUUUCUCUGUUUGAAUUCUGUUUUUUUCUUUCAAAUUGUAUGUAAUUAUUUUUCCACAGUAUUACAGAAAAUAAAAGAAGACAUGGCUUUCAUAAGAAUGGA